ACAAGACAAAAAAUUGUGUCGUUUGUUGCGCACGUGGAUAAGUGUCGCGCAACGUGUGUCCGACAAAAUGGGGAAGAAAACAAAGAUUGGAAAGCAGCGCAAGGACAAGUUUUACCACUUGGCCAAAGAGACAGGCUUCCGAUCCAGAGCGGCGUUCAAGCUUAUACAGCUGAACCGUAAGUUCGAGUUCCUGCAGAGGUCCCGCGUGUUGAUCGAUCUCUGCGCGGCACCCGGAGGAUGGCUACAGGUCGCCCAGAAGUACAUGCCAGUGUCCAGCGUCAUCAUUGGCGUCGACCUGGUGCCCAUAAGGCCCAUCCCGAACGUGAUCGCCAUCCAGGAUGACAUCACGACCGGUAGCUGUCGCACCAAGCUCAAGAAAGAACUGAAGACUUGGAAGGCUGACAUUGUCCUGAACGACGGUGCGCCUAACGUCGGCAAGAGCUGGGUCCACGACGCGUACGGCCAAAAUGUUCUCACUCUCCACGCCAUCAAACUGGCGACAGAGUUCCUCAACAAGGGAGGUUGGUUCAUCACCAAGGUGUUCCGUUCCAAGGACUACCAAGCCCUGAUGUGGGUGCUGAAGAAGCUGUUCAAGAAGAUUUCCGCGACCAAACCGCAAGCGUCCCGUCACGAGUCUGCGGAGAUAUUCGUGGUGUGCCAGUCGUACAUCGCCCCCGACAAGAUCGACCCGAGGUUCCUUGACCCGGCCCACCUUUUCAGCGAUGUCGACACUGGUGAGGUACACAAGCUGAACCCGGCCCACCCGGAGAAGCAGAAGCCGAAAGCCGAGGGUUACCCCGAAAAUGAUUACACGUUGUACCACAGGGUACCUGUGAUGGAUUUUCUGAAGUGUGAAAACCACCUAGAGGUGUUGGGCCAGUGCAGUGAGGUUGUGAUAGACGACGAAGAAGUGCUGGCACAUCCACUCACAACGCAGGAAAUCAAAGAGUGUUGCAAAGACAUCAAAGUUUUGGGACGUGGAGAUAUAAAGAACUUGCUGACAUGGAGAAAGAAGCUGAAAGCAUGGCUUGAGGAGAAGAACAAGACGGAAGAAGAAGAAGAAACUAAAGAAGCGGGUGUGGAAGAAGUCGAAGAAGAGACAGACGAUGAGGAACUUCAGCUGCUCAAACAUGCAGAGGAAGUAACUGCCGAACAAGCCAGGGAGCUGAAGAAGAAAAAGAAGAAAGUACUGAAACAGAGGAAGAAGCUGAGAGAUCGCAUGAACUUGCAAAUGGUCCUGAAGAAUGAUCAGGCCAUAGUGGAGGAAGAUUUGGACCUCUUCAAGCUGAAGGCCAUCAAGAAUGAGAAACAGUUGUCAAAUGUAGAUGAGGUCGAUGUCGGCACGCUCGAUCCUGUGCAACCACUUGAAGACGACAUCGAGGACUUGGAUCAUCGAAAAAAGCGUGUUUCUUACAAGAAGAAUGCUCUGAAUGAGGAUUGGUAUGCAGAGGAGGGGGACGCAAAUGACGAAGACGAUGAUUCUGAUGAUGACGAGCACGAGGAAUUGGAAUUUGAAAGCGAUGACGAAGAAGAUGCAGAAGAAGAUGAAGACGAAGAAGAUAAUGCACCUCAGGAUGAUGAGAAUCCCUUGCUCGUUGAUGUUGCUUAUGGCAGCCUUAAAAACAAACGCAAGGAAAUGGGCAAAUUGUGGUUUGAAAAAGAAGCAUUUGCUGAUAUGGAUGACGAGGAGGAACUGCUAGAGUUGGAGAUGAUGUCCGAAGGAAAGGAAAAAAAGGAGAAAAGUACAGGGACACCCUUGAAGGCGUCAGAGGGCAAGCAGAAGGCCAGUGAAUUGAAGAAAGCGCAGAAAAAAGUCACAUUUGCAGAUGCUGCACAAGUAGACGCAACAGACAAAAGCACGACCGCGUCAACCGGGGGCUCACAGAAGACAAAAAGCACAACGAAAACUAGCGGCGAGCCACCAAAAAAGAAACAAAAGAGAGUGAAGCUGGAUCCAGAGGGCUUGGCUAUUGGCACAAUGAUGAUCAAGUCUCGGAAAGCAAAGCGUGACAUCAUAGAUGCCGGCUUCAAUAGGUAUACCUUCAACGACGACAACCUGCCGAAGUGGUUUGUCGAGGAAGAAAAGAAGCACAGUAAAAAGAUGAUGCCGGAGACCGCCGAAAUGGUUGCCGAGUACAAAGCACAACUGAAAGCUGUGAACGCACGACCCAUCAAGAAGGUUGCCGAGGCCAAAGCUCGUAAAAAAUUGAGGGCAGCGCGGAAGCUCGAGAAGGCUCGCAAGAGAGCUGAAACCAUCACAGAGAAGCUAGACAUGACAGAUGCGGAAAAAGCGCAACAGAUACGAGCCAUCUACAAGAAAGUGCUUCGCAAGAAGGAUGACAAGGUUACGUAUUUGGUGGCCAAGAAAGCAACCGGGCGCAAAGUGCGGCGACCACCCGGGGUUAAGGGGAAGUUUAAGGUUGUUGAUCCACGCAUGAAGAAGGAUCUGAGAAAGAAAAAGGCAGAGAUGAAGAAGAAGCGGUAGUUGUGCAACUGCGCUGUACGAAGAUAUUGUCUGGUUCUCUGUGUGGCAAAUGGGAAUGCCGAAGUGUACAUAAGUAUGCAUUUGUCCGGAGUGUCGUUGCCGUGAUGUCAAACUAGAACCUUGCCACUUAAACUGAUGUGGUGUGCUUCUGACAUCCUAACUAUGACUCUGUUCAUUAUGGUAUUACCAUUGUGCUUACAAAUAUGUAAAAAUAAAUGUUGUUUGUGCCUAACAAUGGCAUGAAAUGCUG